UGAGAGAGGGACAGCCACAAACUCGGAGCGACCAGCGGACCUACAGCGCUCUCCGCCGCGCUGGCCUGCGUCCAUCCGCGGCGGCUGCGGCUGCGGCUCCGGCUGGGUGACGGCGAUCCGGACUCUGCGCCCAAUAUCUUGCGCGAUGGCGCUGGGCCGGCGUGCUCAGUAGCCCUGGUGUUCGCACCAGACCGCCGAACACACGCCGGCAAGAUGUGGCGGUUUGUCGCGGUUUCAACCGUCGCGCUGCUGUGCUGGACCACCUGUUCAGCCGAGGACGGUGCGCUGCGUGUGUUCGCCGGCGCCAACCUGACCCUCCCCUGUCCGCACCACUCGGAGGUGGCUGACCCGCUGAUGGUGACGUGGUCGUGUCGCGGCUGCGGCCGCGGCCCGGCUCCGGUCACCGUCGCCCAGUACGGCCGAGACGGCAGCGUCAGUCGGUCCGACGGCCGCGUGCGACUGGUGCUGCCCACCUUCCAGCUGCACAUCUACCCGGCCAGCACCCAGGACGCCGGGGUGUACGUGUGCUCCGUCAACAACGCACCCAGCGCCGAGUCCAUCACCGUCACGGUGGAAGACGUGCCGCGGGCUCCGCAGCGCCCCCUGGUGGUCAGCUUCACCUCCAGGUCCGCCGAGCUCUCGUGGGCCCCGCUGUACUCGCAGACGGGCGCCUCUGCGCUCAGAUACCUCCUGCAGAAACGCCGGUACGACCCGCCGGCGCCGUGGGACCUGCAGCACGAGAUCACCAUCCCGGACAACAGGACCACCUUCAACGUCACCGGCCUCAAGCCUUUCACCGCCUAUAGCUUCCGCAUCUUCUCGGUCAACAAAGUCGGCCGCAGCCUGGCCAGCGAGCCCUCCUACCCGAUGGUCACGCACCGAGAACCGCCGAGCGGCAAGCCCACCGUCGUCAAAACGUUCAGUCCCACCGCUGACACCAUUGAGGUCAUCUGGAGGCCGCCGGACCGCUCCGAGAUGAACGGAGAGUUCAUCGGUCACGUGAUUGCGUACCGACCACGUGACCUGGACGGGGCGGAGUGGACUACGAUCGACCUACCCGGCAACGUGAACGAAACCACAAGCUAUAUAAUCGAGGACUUGACGCCCUAUACGGAAUACCUAAUACGAGUCGGCAUCAAGAACAUGGUGGGACUCGGACCGUACGCCGUCGUCAGGGAAACGACCUUGGAAGGAGUUCCAGACCGGCCAGAAAACCUCACGAGCCGGUGCAUCCCAACGGCGUCAUAG